AGAAAACAACAUUAAUGCAAUCCAAUUGCUAAGCAAACAAUAAAAACAAACUCUGCAGAAUUCAGUUUUUUUCUAACAUUCUUGGUUAUUCUUGUUAAUGUUGGAUGUUUUCUUUUUUAAUUUAUCCAAAAGGGUUCAUCAUGGAUUUUUUUUCUUGGUUUUGUGUCUUAAUUUUCUUUCAUUUUUUGUGCUUUGAUUCAGCUCAAGGACAGAACACAUACUACUCAAACUGCACUAAGGAAUUCCAGUGUGGAAAGUUAAGUGAUUUGAGUUUUCCUUUCUACAAAUCCACUGAACUUAAUUGUGGAUUGUCCAAAGUGUAUUGUGAAGCUACUCCAACUCCCUUAAUUGAAUUGGAUGGAGUGAAUUAUCAAGCUCUUGAAAAACAUGAUGUUUUUAUCACACUUAAGGACUCUAGUUUUGAAGAACUUUUGAAGAAGAACAGUUGCAAAAUUUUUGAUAAAAAUGUUUCUGUCCCUAUUUCUCCUUCAAUCACAUAUCGAUUCGAUCGCUUACUCACUUUGUUCAAAUGCAACAGAAGCCAGAAGAGUACACAUGAAGAAGUUUUCAAGCCUAACAGAUAUCAAAGUUACAAUGUCUGUCAUAGUUUCAUAUUAUACUAUAACACAACAGUCAAUUAUGAUUACAAUCCAGGAAUGUUUCCUCUUCCUAUUGGCUGUUCAUUUAUUCGAUUGCCCGUGUCACGAAGUUUAGAAGCAAAAUCAAACAAUAGUUACUUAUUUCAUCUGUUAACUGAUGAAGUUAUACUAGGAUGGACUGUAUCUGAUGAGUGUAAUCAGUGUUAUUAUACAGGAAGAAGGUGUCAAACAGAUAAUACUACUAACAAUUUUCUUUGUUCUCAAACCAAUACCAGCAAAGAGGUUGCUGGUCAUCGUAAAACUGUGCAAGUGAUUGUUGCAGCUUCAGCAUUUAUAGGUUCUAUUGUUGGACUCUGCGCAAUUGCCUGUGUUCUAUGGUUUUACAUGAGGAGAAAAAAUGAUUCUUCACCAUUUAUUUCAAGAAAUACAUCUGGUAUGUCAAUGAUUCAUCACGAGCUGGAGGAACGUUGUGAAUACUUAGGGAUCCCUGUAUUCUCCUAUGCAGAACUUGAAGAAGCCACCAAUAAAUUCAGCUCCUCUAGACAACUUGGUGAUGGAGGUUAUGGAGUUGUCUACUAUGGAAAACUUACAAAUGGAAAAGAACUUGCAGUUAAGAGCCUAUAUGAGAACAAUAACAGGCAAAUGCAGCAGUUUAUCAAUGAAAUUGAAAUUCUCACUCGCCUUAGGCAUCCGAAUCUUGUAACCCUUUAUGGAUGUACAUCAAGACGUAGCCGUGAACUCUUCCUUGUUUAUGAGUACAUUCCAAAUGGAACAAUUGCUGAUCACCUGCACGGACAUAGAGCGAAGGAUAAGUUACUAACAUGGCCUAUAAGGCUCAAAAUCGCCAUUGAAACUGCUAGUGCGUUGGCUUACCUUCAUUCUUCUGACAUCAUACACCGUGAUGUCAAAACAACUAACAUUCUCCUGGACAAUGAGUUUUGUGUCAAAGUAGCAGAUUUCGGGCUGUCAAAACUCUUCCCUAAUGAUGUUACUCAUAUCUCAACUGCACCUCAGGGGACCCCGGGAUAUGUUGAUCCUCAGUAUCAUGAAUGUUACCAGCUUACUGAUAAGAGUGAUGUUUAUAGCUUUGGGGUUGUCCUUAUCGAGCUCAUAUCAUCAAAACCUGCUGUAGAUAUGAACAGACAUAUGCACGAGAUUAAUUUGGCUAACUACGCGAUGAACAGGAUACUAAAAUGCGCGUUUGAUGAGGUGAUUGAUCCAUCUCUUGGAUUCAAGACAGAUGCUAAAGUUAGAAGGAUGACAACAUCAGUGGCAGAACUAGCUUUUCAGUGCUUGCAAGUUGUCAAGGACAUGAGGCCUACAAUGGAAGAAGUACAUGAGACGUUGAAGACUAUUAAAUACGGUGAAUGGAAAAAUUAUCACAAAAAGGAUAUCAAUAGCUGUAAUACAAAGACAAGUACUGUAAAAGUUCGUCGUUAUCCUUCUGAAAUAGAUGAUGCUGUGUUAUUGAAGAAAAAUAUUCCAGCUUCACCUGAUACUGUGAUUGAUACAUGGGCUAGUAGCUCCACUUCUGCUAGUACUGGAGGGUGAUAUUCAUAAACUCAUUUUUCCCCUUCAUGUUAGAUACAUAUCAAGAUUAGCAUGAUAUCAUUUUUAUAGAGUUUUUUUAGCUUGUUUCAGCCUGUUUAAUUGGUUGAUGCUUAAGGUAUAGUUCAUGAACAUAUUAAAUGAAGCUUUCUUAAAGUGUUAGUUAUAGUGAUAUAUGUAUGUGAUUCCUCUUUAGACUA